GACGCCUUCGUGAUGCCUCAAACCGACUUAAACGAGCUGUCUCGGAACCUCGAAGAGCCCCUAGACUCUCCCUCCUCUACUAUUCCCGAACCGGGCCUCGAUCUCUCCAUGUCCCCGCCUGAAGUUUCCAUACUCGCAACCACUAAUGACGAUGACGCCGACCCCAGCACCACCGACCCCGAAGGCCGCGCCUUCGCCCCACCACCGCGCAUUGCCGCAUCGCGAUUCUACCACCCCACAAACCAGUCGCGGCGGAAAGAGAGCGCAGCCUCGUCCCGCCGCAACAGCAUCUCGUCGGUGCAGUCGCGCUCGUCGCACGGCGCCUGCUCUCUCGCCGGUGCCGGCGAGCCCCAGAGCAAGUAUAUUGCCCAGCAUCUGCGGCGCGCGUCCAUCCUCGAGAGCCGCAAGGCCCGGCUUGCCGACCGGGCCGCCCAUGCGGAGAAGGUGCGCCUCCGCGCCGCCAUGGCCAAGGCCGCCACCAAGGACAUCAGUGCCAGCGAAGAGCGCGCGCUGGCGGUGGCGAUGGCGAGGGAGAAGAACCUAGCCGAGAUUGCGGCAACGUGUGCGGAGGAAGUCAAGAGGGCUAAAGCGGUGGCCGAGAGCAUGAAGGAGAGGCGGGAGCAGGAGAUACAGAAGCUGAGGCUGCAGAUGGAGGAGAGGAUGGCCGAGGCGGAGCGGCGGAGGGAGGAGCUGCGGAGCCGGAAUGCCGCCAAGUUUAGAGGGCGAGAGAGGGGCCACAGCUUGAUGAUGAGCAAGCCCUCGCUGGCGGAGGUUUUGCCCGACGUUGAGGAGGUCAAGGAACGCGAGUCCAGCCCCAUGCGCACGGAUGUGGCAGCUUCCAAGAUUCAGUGGUGGUGGAGGGCUGUCAAGAGACGGCAGGCCGUCGCUGAAUUCUCCGGGCUCGGACUGACUGUGGACGGCGUUCGGGAUACCUCAUUUGAGAAGGUGACAGAGCUGCUCGCACAGGAGAAUGUGCUCCUGAUCACGGCUAGAGUCCUCCGGAUAUGUGGUCUCAGGGAGGGUGACACGGGGUCGGUGAACGAGAUGGCCGCAGUGCGGACAUUCUUGAGCUCAUUUCUCAUCUUGGGCCAUCCCGCCCAGGUUCUCAGUAGCAAGGAGGGCAAGGGAGAUCAGGAGCAGGUUGGAGCAGCUCAAGCGCAGCCAAUUCCUCGUGAUGACCUGGCUAACCCACAGCUGCAGGAAUUGGUUGGUAAGGCGAGAGACCUGCUGAUCUCGUUCGAGAAUGUCCUCUCCCACCUGACGUCGCUCAAUAACUACACGCCUCCCCCAGCGCUUUUGCGGUCACUUUCGGAGGUGUACGCGACCUUCCACAAUGCAUUUAUUGGUUGGAAGGCGCGGGAUUCAAACUCGUUGGUCGAGGUCAUGGUGAUGCAGUUUGUCGAACUCGACGCCAUCUGGCAGACCGUCAAGGACAACACGGACGGCUCCGUCGACGAGGUUUACCGACAGAGCAUCCAAGACAACCAGUUGAAGUUGAUGGUCAGGAUCAAGAAGCUUGCGGGUCCUCAGCAAGGCAAGAAUAUGGUCUUUGAGGCCGUCAGGAAGGCUCGAAAGGCAAGAGCUAAGAAGCCGACCGGCGACACGAAGCCUCGCAUGGCAGACCACUCCAUCUCGACCGAGGCGGCAAUGGGAGACCUGGGUGCUCAGGAUCACCAUGGACCUUCGAACCAGACCCAGACACCUACACCGCCGGCCACGCCUUCUCGGAAGGACCAGGUAGUCCACGCGAAUGUCCAUGCUGGCAAGAUUCAGGGCUUGUUGCCCGACAACAGGGUUGUUGUCCACGAGCUUGCUAUUAACAAGGAAUUUCGGAUCGCCGCGGACGAGUACAGGGAGCAGCAGGAACACCUCCUUGAACCUCUGUUCCGCGAGAUGAGAUGCACUAUGCAAACCGAUAAUCAGGAGGCACAUUUCCUACUCCUUCUGGAGGUUGCGAAGUACAUCCGGGAGAAACUACAACGCUUGGUUAAGCCCGGCAACUCGAUGCAUACCUUCAUUGCCGAGUUACUUGACACAGAUGUCGCGCACCAGCAGUUCGUGACGGGCAGUUUCUCGUACGAGAAGUUCUUCCAGGCCAUGGGGUCCCUGUUGCCCAAGCUCUGCGCACCGAUCCGCGAUGACGAGGUGAAGGAGUUGGUCGACACGAAGCUCAGCCAAGGGAACUACGUGGACAGACUCGAGGCGUUGAUGGGAUUCACCGAUGUCAUGCUCAGCGACUACGCAAACUACCUGCUCCGUCUUGCGGCGCCUCAGAUAAUCGAGUCCGCGACCCCGUACGAGGCCAAAAUCUUUGCCGCCGGCCUCGAAACAGGCAGAUACGAUUUAUCGGCGGCCGAGACAGCAUGGCGAGCAGCCCGCCAGAAGAUAUUGGCCGAGGCUGCUCGCCGAGACCCAGAGGGUAUCAAUCACCCGAGGUCAAGGCCAACACCGGACCGAAUCUACUCCCAGAUGCUUGUUAAUCUCUUUACCCAACUCGGUCCAGUAGCCGAGGAGGAUGUUCCGGAGAUGCUGCGUCUCGACUACAAGCGCACAAUCCGCUCUGGGCAGAUGACGAGGCGCAUCAUCACCGCUGGGGCCAUUCUCCUGCAGUGCAAGAACAUUCUUAAACGAGACGUUCGCGCUCCCUGGAGGACAGAAGCCAGCCGGAUCAUCAAUGUGCUCGAGGCUGCCGAGCUGCACGGCGACCAGCUGCCCGAGACGACGGUCGACAACAUCAUGACUGUACUCGAAUCCGGGCGUUCGAUACCGGCGGCGACAAAGACGCACCUACGUGCCCUCGUCUCGAAACUCGUCCUCGCCAUCCGCGAGGCUGCCGAGCGCCGUGAGCCGGAGCCGCGCGAGCCGGUACUGCGCCUGCUUCUGAGUCGCCUGAGGGCCCACGUCCUAGGCCGGUUAGCCGCGGCGUCGGCUAGCGAGAAGGUCAGGGCCACAAGCACUGCUGGCGAGAAGCUCGCUAGCCUGGGGCUGGCCGAGUUUGUAGAGAAGGUGCGUGAUAUGGUCGAUGAGAUCGCCAAGGUCGGCGCCGUCGACCGCGACGCCCACGGCUUGUGGUGGGAGACCGUUGCGGGCAAGGUUGAGAUGGCCGAGGGUGCUGCGGCGUCGGGUUCUGGCGCCGAGGAUGCGUGA